AGUGCGUUGAAAAGUGAGAACCAGAUCCACAACUGCAAGUAGCCGUCGUCGUCGUCGCCGUCGUAAAAGAACGUGAAAAUUAGGCAAAAUUUUCGCGUAAACGCGCAUUAUUGUGGUUAAAACUGUUGAAAUUGGGUGAUUUCAAGUGCGUAAAGUAAAUUGAUACAGUUCCCAGCGUAUUUUAGGCCGUUCCCAAGCAGCUGGGAUCAAUUUUCCCAACCUGGCCUUGUGCUGAGAAAGGAAGAAAAAGCUCGUGGAAGUCGCUUGCUGUGUGCUGUGCCCUGGGGUUUGAUCAUCGAACACGCACACAUUCAUCGGAACGAUUCGUAGAGACAGGAAUUCUACACGCAUACUGGGACGAACGUCACCAUCAAAACAGGCAGAAAAGUGAGAACCAUCGGAGCAGGCCAGAGUAAAUUGGACGAAGACGAAAAAUGGCGUCGAUAGAUUCACAGAUGAAAAACCGAAUGCAAGGUUUUAAAAACAAAGGAAAAGAUCAGGAGGAAAUGCGAAGGCGUCGCAAUGAAGUGACGGUAGAACUUCGCAAAAACAAGCGUGAAGAGACGAUUUUGAAACGGCGAAACGUUCCAGUGACAACGGCUGAAUCGACAGAUGAGGAUGACUACACUUCGCCGGCAAAUCUGAGCAAACUAGUCGAAAAGGCAGGCAACAGCGCCGACAAGAAGGAACAGCUCACAGCAGUUCAGGCAGCCCGUCGUCUGCUUUCGUCGGACCGCAACCCGCCCAUCGAUGCUUUGAUACAGAGUGGAAUUUUGCCCAUCUUGGUAAACUGUCUGCAGAGAGACGACAACCAAUUGUUGCAGUUCGAAGCCGCCUGGGCAUUGACCAAUAUUGCUUCGGGUACUUCCCAGCAAACGAAUCAAGUUGUGCGUGCUGGUGCCGUUCCGCUCUUCCUGCGUCUGCUCGGAUCACCCGCUGCCAAUGUGUGCGAACAGGCCGUUUGGGCUCUCGGUAACAUCAUCGGUGAUGGCCCAUGUCUGCGGGAUUACGUUAUCAAGCUCGGUGUUGUUCAGCCCCUGUUGUCGUUUAUAAAACCGGAAAUACCAAUCAACUUCCUGCGCAAUGUAACCUGGGUUAUUGUAAAUCUGUGCCGGAACAAGGAUCCUCCACCACCGGUCGACACCAUCUUGGAGAUUCUUCCGGCUUUGAACAUGUUGAUCCAUCAUACUGACAUUAACAUACUAGUAGACACCGUUUGGGCACUCAGUUAUCUCACCGAUGGAGGCAAUGAACAGAUUCAGCUGGUCAUCGACAGUGGAGUCGUACCGAAAUUGAUCCCGCUUCUAUCGCACGUUGAAGUCAAAGUUCAGACUGCGGCACUUCGUGCCGUUGGAAACAUUGUCACAGGUUCCGAUGAACAAACUCAGGUCGUGCUCAACUGUGACGCAUUGUCGCACUUCCCCGCACUGUUAAGCCAUGGAAAAGACAAGAUCCGCAAGGAAGCGGUUUGGUUUCUUUCAAAUAUAACUGCCGGAAACCAAAAACAGGUGCAAGCCGUUAUAGACGCCGGUUUGCUCCCAAACAUUAUCGAGAACCUCAACAAAGGUGAAUUCCAGACCCAGAAAGAGGCGGCCUGGGCGAUCAGCAACCUUACUAUCAGCGGCAAUCGGGAACAGGUUGGACAGCUCAUCAAGGACGGUGCCAUUCCGCCGUUCUGCAAUCUGCUCACCUGUAAGGAUACUCAAGUUAUCAACGUUAUCCUGGAUGGUAUCAACAAUAUGCUUAAAAUGGCCGGACCGCACACGGAAGAAAUUGCCAACAUGAUCGAGGAAUGUGAUGGCGUAUCCAAGAUUGAAAUUUUACAAAAUCAUGAGAAUAUUGAAAUUUACAAACUAGCGUACGAUAUUAUCGAGCAGUUCUUCUCUGAUGAGAAUGAAGACGCUGUGCUUGACGAGCUGAGACCGGCGGCGGACGAGAACGCGUUCCAGUUCAACCAAAAUCCCAACAUACCGCGGGAUGGAUUUAACUUUUAAUAGGGUGAUAAUUUGGGAUCCGACGGAUUACAAGACCAUUGAGUAAUAUUCAUUAUACCAGCAAAGCAAGGUAGGAAAAAAGUAUAAGACAGGAAAACGGCGCCAAUUGGAGGAAAAAAAAAAUACAAAAAUCACAACAUGAAAAAUAAUUUCUCACAAAAUUAAAACUUUGGUACACCAAAUGGACAACUUCGCUAUCGAUCAGUUAUCCCAGCUCUAGUUCUCGGUCACUGGUUAUCAAUUCUCUCACGUACGCAAACAUCAAAACCUAGUUAUCGGAUUCGGACACCGUUGCUUGUAGUAUAGUGCUAAGAAUCACUUUUCCGUAUGAACGGCUUUAGUUUCCGUUGUUCUGUAAAUCUUAAUAGGUUUCAGAGGUCUUCGAACAACUUGCAAGCCAAAACUCAAAACACGUGCGCAAAUGAGGGUAACAGAGCCGCGUGGUGGAAAUAGAACGCAAACAACAGGCUAGUUUUCUUAGGAUCUUCUUCAACUUUAGACUUACGACAAACCGAUAAAGAUGCAAGUUAAAGAUAAACUAUUUAUUAUAAAAUUCAGACGAAGUGGACAGAGAUGCGAUCAAAAACGGAAAGGACAGUUUAGUAGUUUAUCAUGCUGAAACACGAUGGUCAAACUGGAAAUUGCAGCAGGCAAAACAAAACACUAAGCUAAUAUGUAAAUCAGCAGAUUUGCCAUCAAUAGAGAUGAUGAGAUAGUUUUGUAGCCGAUCAUCAUCCAAACCACUUUUUACACUCACACAGACACAUUUGAGUCAGUCAGUCAUACCGGACAGUUUACAUAAUAUGUGAAUCAAAGCCCAUUCGAAGACGCUUAUACACUAACACUCACGAACAUAUACACUCACACAAUCAUUCAUAUAAACACACACACAUGCUAACGACAGUUGGUUAAAUUCUACAACAGAAUUACUGUAACUACAAAUGCAUAGUAACAAGAAUGUACUCGUUUAGUUCCUUCUCUUCUUCAAUUGAUCGAUACCCGAUCAAUUCCAGUGGAUCAGAAUACUACGGUUGAAACCUCACCAAGGGUUGAUUGAUCGAUCCACAUGAGCUCUUGUAAAAUUAUUAUAGAAUAAAUAAACAGGGCAAAAUUUGUGUCUCAGUUUAGAAGCAAUUGUUAGUGUUUAUUUUAUAUGUGAAAACACUAUUAGAGAAAUGAAAUAUUAUACUAUUUACCUACAAUAAGAAUUAUUUAACGUUAUAAAACCAAAUUCGCUGGAAGAAAAGGGACACUGCAGUGCAAGAUGCAAAACUCUGUCUCUAAAGUUUUUCGCGAAGAAGGGAAGGAAUCGAUUUCUUUUUCUAAACGUCAUGAUGCGAGAGAAUCAAACAAGGUAUUUUUCAAAGCUAGAUCUUCCUUACAAAAAAUUAUCGUGAUGCAAGGAUAAAAUUGAAUCCCUUUCGCGGAUGAGAGUUCCGGUGAAGGAAAAUCUACUCUUAAAGAUCCAGGAAUGGAGAAAUCAAGCAAAACACAAGAAUGUAGAAUGAGAACAAGUUCUAGAACCAUGAUUAGGGAGAAAAAGGCUUUUAAAAUUCCCAAUUACACUGGAGGUUUAUAUCUUUAGGAGAAAAGAACAUUUUUCCAUGUAAAAAGGAUUUUUUUUAUUAUAAAAAAUUUUAUUGAUCGAAUUAAAAAAAUGGACUGUAAUUAUUGUUUAUUUCUUUGUUAUUGGAGAAAUUCCUUCUCCGGUAAAAAACGUAAACCCACGGGAAAAUUAUACACGUGCAUAGUCGUUAAACACAAAGAUACUUCUCAUUUUCCGAGCCAUAGAAAGGCUUCUCCUUUGAUUUUAGUUUAAGUUUUAAUUGUAACAGAAACUGAAACAAAGAGAAAAACGAACAUAUACAGAAGACUCCUAUUUUUAGAGGAAACAAUAGUAAUUGUAAAGCUCACAACAAAGCAACAAUGUAAGUGAAACAGAUAAAAACACACAUUAAAAAACAAACGAGAAAAAAAUCUUGAAAAGUUCCCAAUCUAAUUGGGUGAUGAGCAGAUUUUGUGUAAUUAUUUUCACCACUAAUAUCCUACAUUACGAAAAGAAAAAUAAUAUGACAAUGUCGCCAAACAGCAACAGUCCAGUCUUGCGCGGGUAGCAAACGGAAAAUAAACGAAUUAAACUCACGCACACACGUUCUUGCGAUAAGGUUAGAUAAAGCAAAACAACCAACAAAAGUGAUUUAAAAAAAUUUGAAAACGAAAGGCGUGUGUGGCACGUGUUAGGGAUUUUAAAGAAAUUUGUUCUUUUUAUUAUAGGCAAUUGUCAAAUAUUGCUCUGAAUUAAAGAAAAGCUACAUAGUGCCACUUUUUUGGUGUGCCAGAAGCUUAAACUUAAAAGAUCCGGAAGAGGAAAAAUAUUCUCAAAAAUAGGAAAAAUAAAUUAACUGGCGGGAGCAGAUAGUCAUGAGUGAGGAGCAGAAAUAGCAACAGCAAAAAAUUAUAAAACAAAACCUCGAGCUAGAAAAUUUAAUUUUCGAUUGAUGGACUUGAUCAAACUAUAAAAGUUGUAAAGAAGAUGUGAGCUGUCGCUUUUUAGCAACGAGAUACACAGAAAAAAGUUGAGGAAUCUACAUUACCAUUUUUUACGUAUUUAAGUAAACACGAAGUCGGAACGAAAAAAAAAAUUAAUUAAACAACAAGGCAGAUGACGUUUUGAUGAACCCCGGUGGAAACUAAAAUUAAAUUCACUGCUGAGGAAAACUGAGGUAGAAAACGACACAAACAAGACAUCAACAUAAUACGAACACAAAUCAAAAAAACAAAAAAUGGAAGCCACACCACACCGCAAACAUUAUAUAUAACAGCAGACGGAUUAAGUGAACCACAACAGUAACAAAAUUAUUUUGUCCUUUCUGGAAAAAUAUAAAAAGAUACAAAAAGAUCAA